AUGAUGCAUUCAACGGCUGCGUACAUCUUGUUUGUUUUAGGCAUGGUGUCAUGCAUCCGAGCCACUUCGGCCCAAACCACCGUGUUCAUACUGGACGAGGGAGGCAAUUUCAACUGUCCGGGAGUCCUUCGCAACGGCGAUGAUAACGACAAGAAUGCAUACUGUUGUGUCGGCGGUGAACUCGAUCUCAGCACCUGUCAAGGUUGGCCCAUCUGCACAGGCAGUUCCUGGAAGCCGAAGCCGCUUACCUGUGCAACCACGGUACCUAUCAGUGCCACGGAUUACAAUGCACAAAUCAAGAGCGCAAGAUCGAAAUAUCUCGAGGACGACACGCUAUCAGUGACUAGCAAUUCUGUGUCCUCGGCAACUAUGAAGGAGAGUGGCAGCCAGCAGGCGGCUACUGCAUCAGCUACUGGUGCGGCAGCUGAGUCUUCAGCAACGGGUAAUGGCGCUAGUAUCGUGAUGCCAGGUUUGGCAGGUGGAUUGAUGGUUUUGUGGAAUGCCCUGUAA